UCAACACGAAAUCAAUUGUUUGCAAAAAUCUUUCACCCAGUUUUACCAUUCAACCCCUUUCCCCUUCCCCACGAUUUCUCAUUUCUCUCUCUCUCUCUGCAGACGCUCUCUUUAAUUUAAUCCCCUUAAUUCCAUUCUUGGUUUCAUCCCUCGUUUUCUCCGAUUGUCUCAUCUUCAAUUAAGUUUGUGUGUUUCCAUGUGGCAGGAUAUUGCACCAUGGAGUCUUCAAAAGAGACAGGUUGCCAAGCUUCAGAAGGCCCAAUCUUUUGCGUUAACAAUUGUGGCUUCUUUGGGAGUGCAGCCACCAUGAAUAUGUGUUCCAAGUGCCACAAAGACAUGAUCUUGAAGCAGGAACAGGCCAAGCUAGCCGCUUCGUCCAUCGAGAACAUUGUUAAUGGAAGCACAAGCAACCCUAAAGAAUCCACGGCUGCUGCUGCUGAUGUAAUUGGUGUGCAAUCUGGGCCUGUGGAACUGAAGGUCAUUUCUCCGCAAGCUUCUUCCGAUUCAUCAUUGGGUCAGACCUCAGAGGUGAAGGCGAAAGAAGGGCCUAACAGGUGCAAUACUUGCAACAAACGGGUGGGCCUGACCGGGUUCAGUUGCAAGUGCGGGAAUCUCUUCUGCGCAGCUCACCGUUACUCUGAUAAACACGAAUGCCCAUUCGACUAUCAGAACGCUGCUCGGGAUGCGAUAGCCAAGGCAAACCCCGUGAUCGUAGCAGAAAAGCUGAACAAGAUAUAAGGGCUGUGGACUUGAAACCCUAUGAUUAUGCUUUGGUUCCUGCACCUUCGGAUAAGUAGGCCAUUUUAUGUGUUCUAUUUUGGAUGCUGCAAUGGGUACAAGGCUUGCAAGUUAAAAAGUGAACUUUAGUCCUUGUGAAUUCCUAAACUAUCUAUCUCCUGUGUGUAAUGUCAUUAUUUGUACUGCUCUGGGAUCUCUGUAACUUCUCCUCAUUCUCUUCAAAUCUCCACUCUCAUUUCUUGCUAUAAUGCCUAUAUAUAUGAAAACAGAAAUAUAAUUCUUUGCU